GUGAGAAUUUGAUGUUGCAUGUUCCUUCAGUGACAUACGAUGAUGGUUGGGCUUACGAUGUAUGAUAAUAUUUUAUCAUGAUCUGACGAAUGACAUGGCCAUACUUCGGCAUAAUAUUAUAGUAAUGAGAACCCUCGAACCAUAUGUGACUGUAUGAUAAGACUGAUGGACUUAUGAUGUAUGUGACUGUAUGGUAAGACUGAUGGACUUAUGAUGUAUGUGACUGUAUGGUAAGAUUGAUGGACUUAUGAUGUAUGUGACUGUAUGAUAGGACUGAUGGACUUAUGAUGUAUGUGACUGUAUGAUAAGACUGAUGGGCUUAUGACGUAUGUGACUGUAUGAUAAGACUGAUGGGCUUAUGACGUGGGUGACUGUAUAAUGAGAACUAUUAGUGACUGUUUGAUGAUAGCUGUAGUGGGGGAUGAGAUGGUGGUUAUUUUCUGAUGAUAAUUUGAUGACGUAUGCAUAUGUAUGUUGGGAUUGGGGUAUCUGUUAACUUCUCCUAUCUGAGUCGUACCUGCAUGGGUGUCCUUCGGGAUCACCACCUAUUUAGGACUGUUAGGCUCGACGGGGCGCCAGUCCAGCAUGACUAUAGAUAUGACUCGAGCGACUCGACGGGGUCCUCGCAUCCCGACGGUCCUAAGUGUCCCCUGGACACCGAAGACCAGAGUUAUGUCCCUACGGGGCGCAUGUUGCACGUGUUCGGGAGCGUGCCAGAGAUUGGGUACUAGUUUCAGGACUCGAUAGGAAUGUUAACAGGCACCUAGUGGGACUAGUAGUGGGUCCCUUACUGAGUAUUUUUAUACUCAUUCUCUUCAUUUUAUGUUUUCAGGUAGAGGACGAGGUAAGGGCAAAGGCAAGCUGGCGAGCGACGUGAAGUGACCGUGGCGAGCCAUAGGGGUUUUCCUGCUUCCGCACAUGUUUUACUUUACAGUUAAAUUCAUGUUUCGGCUUUCUGCAUAUUUACUUUGGUUAUUUUUGUAGAUAGGGCCCGCUUAGGGAUUUUAAACUUAACUCGUAUUUCUACAUGUUACCUUAACUAUCUUUCAUAAAUACAUUUGCUAGAUUUCUUUGCAUUUAUUUACACCAGAUUUUAUGACUUAAACACUGAUCCUAGAUUCAGUAACCACUUCGAUUCAGCAUAAAGAGUCGGGUCGUUACAGUUGGUAUCAGAGCGCAGUGUUUUAGGUCCUGUAGACUGACUUAUGAUGUAAGUCAUUUUGUUUUGAUUUUACCUCACCCUAUGGCUAUACGGUCCUUCGUCACUCGCCAGGUAUGCCUAAAGCUUUACAAAUAUUAAGAUUAUAAUGUUGCCUGAUUAGAUUAGACUUAGAGAGAGAAUAUUGAGCUCUAGUGGUGAAAAAUUUGUUGGUGAAUUUUAGGAAGAAUGCCGCCACGUAGAGGUGCACGUCGAGGAGGUGGCAGGGGAGGCAGAGGAGCCGGUCGUGGCCAACCGGCGGAGCAACCUGCCGCGCCGCCAGUCAACCCCGACGUACCAGUCAACCCUAAUGCACCGGUCACUCAGGCGGAUCUCGCCGCAAUGGAGCAGCGUUACCAGGCCAUGCUGCAAGCUGCUCUAGCGCCGUUCCUCGCUGCUCAGCAGAACCAGGCCGCCCCUGUUCAGGACCAGCCUGUAGUCCCUCCAGCCCCUGUUCAGGACCAGCCCGUCAUCCCUCCAGCCCCGGUGGAAGCUCAGCCGGUGCCAGUACAACUGUCAGCUGAGGCCAAGCACUUGAGGGAUUUUAGGAAGUACAACCCGAAGACUUUCGACGGAUCCUUGGACAACCCCUUUAGAGCCCAGCUGUGGUUGACAUCCAUAGAGACGAUCUUCAGGUACAUGAAGUGCCCAGAAGACCAGAAGGUGCAGUGUGCAGCUUUCUGUUUGGAGGAUAGGGGGACUGCCUGGUGGGAGACUGCUGAGAGGGCGCUGGGAGGAGAUGCCAGCAAGAUCACAUGGGAGCAAUUCAGGGAGAGCUUUUAUGCUAAGUUCUUCUCUGCCAACGUGAAGCACGCCAAGCUCCAAGAGUUCCUAAACUUGGAGCAAGGCAAACUGAGCGUGGAACAGUAUGAUGCCGAGUUCGACCUGUUGUCCCGUUUUGCCCCUGAUGUGGUAAGGGAUGAGGCCGCCAGGACUGAGAGAUUUGUUAAUGGCCUCAGGUUAGACCUCCAGGGUUUUGUACGAGCUCUUCGACCAACCACUCAUGCGGAUGCUCUACGCAUAGCACUGGAUCUGAGCCUGCAUGAGAGAGCUGGUCAAUCUAAGGUUGUCGGCACAGGGUCAGCCUCGGGACAGAAGAGGAAGGCGGAGGCGCAGCCCGACGUAAUACCACAGCGGACUCCGAGGUCAGGAGGUGUCUUCCAGAGACACCGUCGGGAGCUGGCAGCAGCUGGGAGAACUUUGAGAGAGCUACCCACUUGUACUACCUGUGGGAAGGUCCAUGGAGGACAAUGUUUAGCUGGGAGUGGAGUCUGCUUCAGGUGCAGGCAGCCGGGGCACACCGCUGAUGCGUGUCCUCGGAAACCCUUAGAGACGACGCCACGUCAGCCUUCUGCUCCCCAGCAAGGGAGAGUCUUUGCCACGAACCGGCAGGAGGCCGAGCGAGCUAGUACGGUGGUGACAGGUACGCUCCCAAUCUUGGGGCAUUAUGCUUUGGUACUAUUUGACUCGGGGUCAUCGCAUUCAUUUAUAUCCUCUAUUUUUGUCAAGCAUGCGGGUUUAGAAGUAGAACCGUUGGGUAGUGCCUUGUCUGUCUCUACUCCUUCUGGAGAGGUCCUUUUGUCUAAGGAAAAAAUAAGGGCAUGUUGGGUAGAAAUAGCAAACCAUACCUUGAAUGUAACUUUACUGGUGCUAGAUAUGCAAGAUUUCGAUGUAAUUUUAGGCAUGGAUUGGUUGUCAACUAACCAUGCAACCAUAGACUGUUUUAAUAAGGAAGUAGUCUUUAACCCUCCUUCCGGGGAUAAGUUUAAGUUUAGAGGAGCAGGCAUGGUGGGUAUACCCAAGGUCAUCUCAGCAAUGAAGGCGAGUAAGCUACUUAGCCAGGGUACUUGGGGUAUCUUGGCGAAUGUAGUAGAUAUGGCAGAACCAGAAGUUUCCCUAUCUUCCGAACCAGUAGUAAGGGAGUACCCUGACGUUUUCCCCGACGAACUCCCAGGACUUCCGCCUCCCAGGGAGGUAGACUUCGCCAUUGAGUUAGAGCCCGGCACCGCCCCUAUUUCUAGAGCUCCUUACAGAAUGGCCCCAGCCGAGUUAAAGGAGUUGAAAGUCCAGUUACAGGAGCUGUUGGACAAGGGCUUUAUCCGGCCCAGUGUAUCACCUUGGGGAGCCCCAGUGUUGUUCGUGAAGAAGAAGGAUGGGUCGAUGCGCCUUUGCAUUGACUACCGAGAAUUGAACAAGGUGACAGUUAAGAACCGCUACCCCUUACCCAGAAUCGAGGACCUGUUCGACCAGUUACAGGGGGCCACCGUCUUUUCCAAGAUCGACCUGCGAUCAGGCUAUCACCAGUUGAGGAUUAGGGACGGUGAUAUUCCCAAGACGGCCUUUCGUUCGAGGUACGGACACUACGAAUUCAUAGUGAUGUCCUUUGGUUUAACUAAUGCCCCUGCAGUGUUCAUGGACCUGAUGAACAGGGUGUUUAAGGACUUUCUAGACCAAUUCGUCAUAGUCUUCAUUGACGAUAUCUUGAUCUAUUCCAAGACUGAGGCCGAACACGAAGAGCACUUGCACCAAGUCUUGGAGACCCUUCGAGCUCAUAAGCUAUACGCCAAGUUCUCCAAGUGUGAGUUCUGGUUAAAGAAAGUUCGUCAGUAG